AGACACUAUCAGUAAGAGCCGCACGGCCAACUGGAUACACACACAAAAUUCGCUAAUAUGUUCUUCAAACGAAGUACAAAUUCUCGUAAAACAUCGGCAAAUUCAAGUUCUGAUACGUCAACUUCUUCAGAAUCAUUAUUGCUUCCACUUCUGAACAAUACCAAAGCUGGAGCGCGUUCACAAAAAGGAAGUGUCCACCGACAAAGUGGCAAAAAAGCCCGCCGAAAGAUGAUGGAAAAUCCUUACGUGUGCAGUUUGGAACUCGACGAGCUCUCUGCCGAUGAUUCAAUUAUUGACUAUUCGGUGUUCAGUGAUGAUUCGUUUCUUCUAAUCUUGCUGCUUACGUCAAAAGGAGACGUUCAAGCUUAUUUGGAGACAAGUCGAGACACAAAGCCAAGAAAAAACGUUGUAAAUAUCAAAACGGCAUGCUCCCUCAAUGUUAGCCCGGUUACUGUAUGCAUUGGAAGUCAAGCAGCAUUCGCCAUCUUUGGACUUGCUGAUGGUAAUCUUCUCGUUACUCCAAUCAGGCUUCUUAUCGACGUGACGUGGGGUGGUUCCUCGUGGGCGACAACGACUGUAAUUGAUUUGAGUCUUCCAACAGUGGAUCCUUGCCUGGCCACACCCACUUGCACUAAAUGCUUCGUUUCCAAUUUUCCACCGUGCACUAUGGCUGUGGUUGCAAAUAAAGCUGGGAACAUUCUUCUCGUCGAUCUUCACCUCAGAAAAUGUGUGUCCGAGUUGAAAGCACCGCAAAGUUUGCACCAGAUUGACAUUCUUCUUGAUGAAAACUCUAUCGAGUUGCUUGUCACGGGAUUUACUGGUGCACAAUGGAUAAUUCCAAUUGAAAGAAGUGGAAAGGGAUUUCGAGAAGUUUUGACAACAUGCGUACCAUCAGAUCUUACUGUGCUCGAGCCGGCAACAAUGCAGUUCUUUGCGGCGGAUUCAUGUGGUGUCGUUGCACUUGACACAACCGAAUCAAUUGUGGAAGUCUACAAUACGUUUCAUUCAUUGGCACAUUCUUCGAAACGAACAUUCAAAGUACCUCCAGAGACUUGGAUGGUGCAUGCUGGUGAUAAUAUGUUGUUCACAGUUUCGAAUGAUAAUGAAAUCAGAAGCGCUUUACAUUUCGGAUUCAUGUCCAGUCGUCUGGAGUAUACUCUUGUACGCACGUCCACUAACUGGCGUCCUCUCGGAAUUGUAGCAAUGCCAUCUCGACCACACAAAUUGGCUGGAAUAUUCGUAGUCAAUGAGCGAGGUUUGGUUCGUGUGGAACAGUCGACUGCUUUAAACCUCACGAAGAUUGCUUCUGAAUUUUUCUUCCGCCUCUCUCCACUGCAGCUCAAUUCGAAAUCAGUGGCCCAAGUCGCAAAUGCAUGUAGAAUCGAUACAGCCGAAUUUCAAUCCGCAUUGAUUCCAAAUCUACUGAGUACGCGGAAGAAUAGGCAAUUGACGAAUAAAGAAUUGUCACAAAUUUACUCGAUUGCUAAAGCUAUAAAUUUAUCCAUGUCCGACUUGCUCAAGGCGUUCGAGAAUGAAUCAAUUGGUGAACAACUGCUUCCCGAGGUGCUCAACACGAUUCAAACUAAUCCUGCAAAACAUGAUAAUCUAAUGCAAAGAGUUGUCGAAAUGUUUGUGAAAAGAUCAUUAUCGGCUGAAGGAAAUAUGGAUAAGAUUCGCGAGUAUGAUGCAGAAUUAUCAAACUUCCUUGCUCGUCACGAGCAUCUUCACAAGGGUUCUGUUGAUUGUGCUAAAGCGGGAAUGUGGAAGUGUACUCAAACUCUUGUUCGGCGAGAUGUUCAUGAAACGAAAUCAAUUGAUACAUCAACUGAAGUUCUUCUUUACAUCAUCAAAAAUCGCCUCCAAAUCUGGAAUGAAGCCAACUCAACAGAUCGAUUACAGAUAAUGUCACUUGUUUGCCAUUUGGAUUGGUCUAAGUUAGCAGAUGCUGAUGGUGCUCGAGUUUGUGCUAUUUUAUCUGCUUGGCAAAGAGAUAUUAGCCUUCCAUCUUACCAUGAAAUGUGCCUCCGUAUCGCUAUAACAAAUUCAGAUCGUUUUCCGCGACCGUGUCAGAUACUUUCACUCGUCUCAUCAAUUCAUAUUCUAUCGGAGAAGAAAAUAUCGAAUCAUGCUAACCUUCCAAAUUUUCUUCCUCUUGCUGGAGGAAAUAAUUGUGGAGCCACAAUAACUGAAGAUGACCGUCUCAUGAUCUGGGGAAAUUUCACGAAUGCACAGCAACGAAUGGAAAUGCCUCAAAUGAACGCCAAAUCGAAAAGAUCAGACUCAGUCACAAAUGGAGCACCAACAUUACCUCCACCGGCACCAAAACCUGAACAACACCUUCCCCGCGUUCUCGAAUAUCCCGGUGGGCGGCCUAGAGCGAUAGCUUGUGGAGCCGAGCACAUUCUUGUUCUGUCUUCUUCUGGACAAUUGUCGGCAUGGGGUGGAAAUAGAUUUGGACAGUGUGGUGUUGGACACUCUUUUAGAAUUGCUAAUUUACACCAAGUUGAUGGAGAUUGGCCUGCAAUCGAGAAAAUCGCAUGUGGCCAAUUCCACUCGGCUUUUAUAUGUUCUGACGGAUCACUGUGGACUUUUGGAUGGGGAGUAUGGGGUCAACUUGGACACGGAGGUCGAAAUAACUCCAAUCAACUUGUUCCUACUAGAGUGAAUGGAUUGAUAUGCAAAGUGACUCAAAUUGCAUGCGGAAGAGCUCAUACUGUUGUUCUGACGGAUACUGGAAGAGUUCUUGUUUGUGGAUCAGGAAGUUAUGGACAAAUGGGAGUUGAUGAUGACAUUAAGAAAGUUUUUGCAUUCACUCCACUGCCUCUUGGACCUCUUCGUGUGAGAGACAUUGCAACACACUAUUAUCAUUCCAUUUGUAUUACGGAAGACAAUAGAGUUUUUGAAUGGGGUCGAAAUCCUCAAGAGCUCAAGAUGCGAAUGUUCGUAAUGAAGAAAAUUCGGAGUGCUCAACUUAAGAAUACAGAGGAUCCUAGCUCACCAUCACCGUCUACCAAUGGUAGCACUCCUCGCGUAAAUCUGAAUUUGCCAGCUGAAAUUCCUCGAGAAGAUCUUGGUCUUCGGGAAGUCAAACAUUUCCUUGAUGGAAAUAUUGUCAGUGUUGCAUGCGGUUUGUCACAUUCCGCUUUGAUCACAUCAGAAGGAACGUUAUACACUUGGGGUAAAGGUCUUGACUAUCAACUUGGUCAUGGUAACAAAAAUGAACGCAUGGAGCCCCAUCAAGUUUUCGAACCAAAUGGAGCCAAAUGGGUUAAUGUCUCUCUUGGCAACAAUCACACUAUCGCCUCCACGGAUGAUGGUUCAGUUUUUGCGUGGGGAAAGAAUGACUUUGGACAGUGCGGAGUACUCACUAAGAAAAAUGGAAACUCUGCGGAUGUCACAAAAAAGUUUUUCUUUCAAGCCAGAGAUGGUCGUAGAUUCAUGCCAAAUGUCGACGAAAGCCAGUUUGUUCAGAAACCCGGAUUGAUUCCUGACGUUCGAGUUAGAAAUUUAAACGAGGACGGAAACGAAGGUGUUGAUAAAGAAGAAAUAGUGGACCGCCUAAAAGCUUCCGAUGUUAAUGUGGUACAGGCGGUUUCCAAGCAUCUGUACAGCCCGAUCGAAGGAAAAUGUAAUGGAAGCAUCAUAGAAGACGAACCAAGAAACGGGAAAAUUCAGAAACAAAAUAAGUACGAUGGAGAAGAUGGACCGCUUUGCACAACAACAGCUCUUGUUCAUUUAAUUGCUGGUGAUGUCAAAAGAGCGAUUCGAAUGAUUGAAUGGCUGAAGACGGAUAGUUCGACAUGCGAGAAAUCACUGAUGGUUCUUUCAUCACUUGUAUGGGAAGUUAUGGCAAAUCAUGAAGAUGUACAAUCACGUGAAGCCUUAUCUGCUGCCUUUCGUCAUGUUCCUAUGUCUGAUUCCAUGCGCAAAGGAAAACAAAUUGCUCAAUUGUGGCCGGCUGUUUGGAAUGACGAACGUGUACAAAGCUCUUUGAGCAUUGACGAAAAAAUCGCUAUGCUUGACGGAUUUACGAGUGCUUCAAAACCAGUUAGCUGUCCUACGAUCCCAUCUUCUUCACUUGAAGUUUCUUCCAAAAUUCGUGUCUAUGCUCAAUGUGCUCAUGCUGAACCUGCAGCCGUUGGUUCUCCACCAGAAUGCUCUACUUGUCUUGACGAAUGGACUGAAAAAGUUCGCCAUACUCUAGGAACUCAGUUGUAAUUUACUGUGAUUUAAUGUGACUAGUUUCAAUUUAUUUUCUCUGUAAUAUAGAUUUUAUAGAAAGUGCCAAUCAUUUUGAUCAUCUAGACCCCUUUUGCCUUUACCCUUUACAAUUUAACUAUCCAUUUUUACCGGCGAUUUUACGGGUUUUCUAUUCCCUCAUGUCCCAAUGAGCACUUUCCGUGUUUUUUUAUUUGCACUCAAUGAUCUAACAGUCCACCUAUCAACCAUGCUCAAAACAUCAAACUAUGGCCUUCAAUUUUCUCGGUUUGAAACGUGGUAAAUGUCUGAAUUUAUGUGUUCUAGAGGCCUUGUUUCCUUCAUUUUUAACCAUUGUAAAUGACCGGUGAAUGACAAAUAAAGUUUGUAAGAAUUG